GCAUUACGGAUUGAUUGAAGCGCGUGUCCCGGGACAUACGUCACAUGUACGAGAUCCUCCAUGACAACGGGAGUGGAAGUUACCGAGCACCCGAGUGGCUUUUAGAGCGGGGAUAGAAAAAAGGGAAACCGCAGUGUUUGCUUGUUAGCUGCACUCUAUCGCGCCUGGGACCCGCAGCAACAGGUGCAUGUAGAUGGCGAUAAAACUCGAGAAAAACUCUACUUUUUCACCAAACACGGUCUGACGGAUGGGACGACACUAAACAACUUGUUAGUUCGCGCGAAAGACAAGAAUGAGUCUCUCCCCAAUUCCGGGGAAAAGCAGCUGUGUCUCAGCAGCAAACAACACGGCGGAUACAUACAAGGGACCGGAGCAGGACUAGAGGCGGUAAUGGAGAAGAGCAAACCGAGCAACGGGAGCCGCUCCCCCGCCGACCGUGGAGCUAAAGACAGGGUGGACAGAGUGGAUCCGUAUGGCUUCAAGCGGUCAGAGGACUUUGAUUAUGAGUCAUAUGAGGAGCUCAUGUCUGAGUAUCUAGUUGUGCUCACCCGACGAGCCAUCAAGUGGUCCAAACUACUGAAGGGCAAAAGCAAGGUGCAGAAGAAUAUGAAAUUAAAGCGUUACGUACGCAAAGGAAUUCCCAAUGAGCACCGGGCUCUGAUCUGGAUGGCAGCCAGUGGGGCUCAAGAUCAAUUGGAGAGGAACCCAGGGCACUACCAGUCCCUGCUGGGAGCUGAGCACGACCCCAAACUUGUGGAGACCAUCAAGACAGACUUGAACAGAACAUUCCCGGAAAACAUCCACUUCCACAAGACGUCAAACCCAUGUAUGCAGAAAGCUCUGUACAAUGUGCUGCUGGCCUAUGGACACCACAAUCCAGCUGUGGGCUACUGUCAGGGGAUGAACUUCAUCGCUGGGUAUCUACUCAUCGUCACAAAAGAUGAAGAGAAAUCCUUCUGGCUGAUGGAGGCACUGCUCGGCAGAAUUUUACCAGACUACUACAGUCCAGCCAUGCUGGGUCUGAAGACAGAUCAGGAGGUGUUAGGGGAGCUGGUGAAGGUAAAAAUCCCGCCAGUAUGGCAGAUCAUGGUGGACCAUAACGUCAUGUGGACCCUGGUGGUCUCCCGGUGGUUCAUCUGUCUCUACAUAGACAUCUUGCCUGUAGAGACUGUUCUGCGGAUCUGGGAUUGUUUGUUCUACGAGGGCUCGAAAAUCCUGUUCCGCGUAGCUCUGACUCUGAUCCAUCACAACCAGGAUCUGAUUCAGCAGUCCCAGUCACUGCCAGAUGUCUGCCAGAGCUUCAAGCAGAUCACACACGGACCAUUUGUAGAGGAGUGCCACACAUUCAUGCAGAAAAUCUUCACUGAACCAGGAAGUCUCUCCAUGGCAACCUUGACUAAGCUCCGGGCGACCUGUCGCUCUCGUAUCACUGCUGAAGAAUCCUGACCUCUCCCUGUUACUUAAAUUCAGCACUCAUUCCAGCAGAUGUUUGCACUUUUUUUAUUUUUUAUUUAAACUGAGUCACUGUGACUGCUGUACAUACUGUGUGUGAAACAAACACGCAGCAGUGUAAAUAUGUGAUUAAUAUUCUUAGGUCUGUGCUGUAUGAAAUGGUUGUGUAGUUUGGUAAACAUUUCCUUUUGUUUAAACAUGAAAUUCUGCACUUUAGUCUAGAAAAUGAGUCACGGUGAAGAAAAUGCUUAGCAGUAAAUGUUCAGGUGUGAUGAGUUGUACACUAUACAUAGCUGGAAGAACCUGUCUACUGUAUUUCACAUUAAAAUCCAUCAAGAGUAUAUACAGUGAUUGUUCAAUUAAAUAGAAAGUUGACAUUCAA